AGAUUGUUGACUUGCAUCCUAAGCAGAAGACGGUCUGCUGCUCAUCAUGACUAGCAACAAAUACUUCAUUCUGCUUUCAUGCCUGAUGGUUCUUUCUCCAAGCCAAGGCCAGGAGGCUGAAGAAGAUCUGCCAUCUGCCAGGAUCAGUUGUCCAGAAGGUUCCAAUGCCUACAGUUCCUACUGUUACUACUUCAUUGAAGACCAUUUAACUUGGGCUGAGGCAGAUCUUUUUUGCCAGAACAUGAACUCAGGCUACUUGGUGUCAGUGCUCAGCCAGGCUGAGGGCAACUUUCUGGCCUCUCUGAUUAAGGAGAGUGGUACCACAGCUGCCAAUGUCUGGAUUGGCCUCCAUGAUCCCAAAAAUAAUCGCCGCUGGCACUGGAGCAGUGGGUCUCUGUUUCUCUACAAAUCCUGGGACACUGGGUAUCCUAACAAUUCCAAUCGUGGCUACUGUGUAUCUGUGACUUCAAACUCAGGAUACAAGAAAUGGAGAGAUAACAGUUGUGAAGCCCAAUUAUCAUUUGUCUGCAAGUUCAAAGCCUGAAAUCACCUGAAAAAAACAGUCAUACAGAGCCAGACAAUAAAAUACUAAUGGAGUCAAAAAUGAAACUAGACCAUCUAUCAAAAGCAAAGUUGACCCCCUCUUCCUGGACAAACAUUCUUGCCUCACUGCCCUAUGGUAUCUUUAUCUCCAUUAUUGUAUGUAACCCUGCAUAAUUUAAAUAAAAAUACCUUCACAAUAUUGCAUUUCUGAAUCAGUUAUAUAUACUGAUCACACAUUUUCCUCUGGUAUAGAAGGGAGUCUAGAAUUCUCAGGCUUUCUUUGAUAAAGAGGUUGAAAUAUCUAUCCACAUGCAGGUUAGUUUAUGAGUCUGUUGUCCAAAGUUGGAUUAAUACAUAAAAAGUCUAUCUAAAAUCUACAAGUGUGCAUGUGUUUACAAGAAUUAUUAGAUUUUGGGGUAUCUUGGUGCUCUGGAGUAAUAUUGUAAGGGAGCUUUUUUCAUUACUCAGUUAAGGAAAUUAAAGCCAUAACCAACAUGUCAGGAAACCUUAUGGGUCUAAAAGAUUUAAUGAAUUCAUGGUAUAAAAUUUUUGAGUCCUGAAAGCCUAUAACUAAUCUUAAAUGACAAUCUUUAAAUUAACGAAUCAAUGAAUUUAUGAAGAAUGGUCCGAAUAAAAUAUACUUUCCUAUUUUAUUCA